UCAAAAUAUAUGAUAUAAGGUGUAUGAUUCUAUGCAUAGAAUAUUCUAUGCAUCUUAAAGUGGCCCUAAGGCGUGACAGUUAAUACAAUAUAAUAAUUAAUAAUCGGUACUUGUUGAUAUAACAUAAUGGAAAAUUCGCUUGAUAGAGUAAUGGAUGAGACGUUAUCCCAACCAGGUAUUUAUGGAUGUGUGUUUUCAGAUGAUCAUGGUUUAGGAUUGGGAGCAAAAGGGAAAGCUUCAGUUGAUAGUUCAGGAGUUAUAGCAGCUAUAGCAACGCUUGCUGCAAAAGUAGAACCUCAAAAUGAUAAUCCCAUAAUAUCAUAUGAAAGUGAUGAUAGGACAUGCAUAAUCAAGAGGAAUAAUAAUUUAAUUGGAGCAAUAUUCAGAACUAAUGAUAGAGCAUAAUAAAGGCGUAUACCAAUAAAAGGAUAAAACAAAAAAUUUUUUUUAAGAAUUGGCCUAUAUAUUUAUGAUAGCUUGUUAUAUUUUAUUAAAAAUCAUUGUGUGCUACCACUUAAUAGGAUAGAAAAAUUUCUGACAUGUUGAAUUUUGAAAUAACAGUAAUAAACAGGAACAUCAGUCUGUAAUUCGAAAAUAUAGCAGAUUAGUAAACAAUAAAACCACCAAUUCUUAUGUUUGGGCAAUUAG